GUAAAUAAACAAAAGCACAUGGUUCAUUCCAUGAAAAAAACAUUUCUAUUCUUGAUUAAAAUAUGGAUAUAUCUAUAUAGAAAGUUUAUGAGCAUGGCACCUACAUCCCCAUUUAUCUUGUUUGAAGAAAAAUUGAUGGAAGUCAUCAAAAAAACACCAAAGACAUCACCCCUGGAGAUAUAUAUUUUAAAAAUAUAUCUGGAAAUGAAAACAGAAACUGACAUUGUUCAGGAAGUAGGAACCAAGUAUGACAGUCCCCCUCUAGAUGAGAAGGACAGUUGUGGACAGAAUUCAAGGAAAAGGAAAGAAAAGAAUAGACUUUACACCUGGAUAAAAAAUUUCAUAACAAGAAAGACGUGUGCACCUGUGGAAUCUUUUAAAGAAAAAUGGACCAGAUUUGCAGAUGCAAAUCCAUCUGUGGUGAUGCAGUACGUCAUAAGUAGGCCCAGGGUAAUAGAACAACUGCAAUGCAUUUUGGACUCUGAUUCAGAGAAAGAGUUAGAAAUAGACAGAGAAGAAGAUAGAAAUACUCAGAUGGAAGGUGUAGAGGCAGAAGAAGAUUUUGAGAGGGAACAGUUCAUCGAUUCAGAAGAGAAUAUUAUCAAUGAAGAAGAGGAUCUACCAACAAUGGAAACUCCAAUUUCCUAUCCAAAAAGGAAAAGAAUUCCUAGAAAAAUAUAUACUCCAAGCAGCAGUAAAAUAGCUGAAAAGCAAGAAAACAAGAAAAGAGUUGUAUCACUCAAAACUGGCAAGAGGAAAAGGAAGGCUCCUUCAACUUUCACACCAAGUGAUUGGUUUGUCUUAGGUACAAAGAAUGUUGCAGAUGAGGCGAACUUUGUAAUCAUGGAUUACCCUAUGUUUUAGCAAGGCACAUUCACUGAUCAUACAAGGUU